AUGGAUACACCAGGUAAGUGAUCCUUGUGUUUUGGAAGCUCAUUCUGCAGGGUUGUAUAUACAGAGCAUUAGUAGGGAGUAUCUCACUUUAUAGCUGAUUAAUUAUGUGAUGGUCUUAAAAGUUCUUCACUGACUGUUACUGUUUGACAGAACUUAUCUGAUCUUAAAAGGGAAAUUAUAGUCACCAGAAUCACUACCACUUAAGGCAGUAGUUCUGGUGAUGAAACCUACAGGCUUUGCAAUGUAAAUACAAUGUAUUUCUCUUUUACACUCUAGUACCACCUCGAGGGGCUUUCUGUGUUUACCUUCAGUCUCAACACUCUGCAUGGUGAUAGAGGUGUUACUCUAGUACCCAAACACCUGGGUUUAAAACCUAACCUUGCACCCUGUUUUUCAAAUCAGGGCCAGAUCCAAGUAUAGAAAACUGAGCUGCCAAAUGUGCACAGGGAGUGCUACAUACAGUUUAAAUGGCCUUAAUGUUGGUAUUGACAAAGUGGAAACACUGUAUUCUUGUUGGUGCUUCAAAUAAACUAUAUAUAGAACUCUCUACGUAAAAUUGGCAUCUAGUUACUCUUCCUUGGUUUCUUUGCUUUCAAUCUGAGGCGAUACUAAUUGAUUCAGUGUUUGUGCAAUGCAUACACACUAACCUCCUAAAUGAUUUCCUAUGGGGGGAUCAUUGGAUGGGUUGAGAUCAUCGAAACUGAUAACAUCCACAUACUGGUAUGGGAGAAAAGGCGAGUAAAAUCACCUUGUUAGUGAGGCAAGCAUUAGAAUCAGUAAUCCAUGUUUCUAUUUCUUACACUAGUGUUCCUUUAAAUAAACUCUCUGGAUUAAAAAUGUCUAACUCAAAAUUUUACCUCAGCUGACCUGGUGACACACUUUCCUGUUUGGCUAUAUACAUUUAAAAUUGUGCCUAAUGCUGCUGGUAGGGUAGCACAUUUAAAAACCCAGGACAGUGGGACAACCUUAAUACUGCAUACCUCCCAAAUGUCCCUACAUUGCAUAAAUUGUUAGGAAGUCUCCUAAAACAUCUCGCAACAGGCCAGCUCCUGGCCACACUGACAUCUCUAAAACGAAUGUGUCCUUCUUGGUUUAUUUGAAAUCUUUGAAGAUAAAAAAAAAAAAACAAAAAAAAAAAACCCUGUAAUGUAGACCAAAAUAAAUGGCUCCUGUUUGGAGCUCUGUGUUCUGGAAGGGUUGUUUCCUGUGCUGCUGGGGUUUUAUUGAACCAACUUAAACCUUCAAUAUUUUGGCUUACGGCUUAAAUCCCUUGCAGUUGUAGUUUCAUAUUGUGUUGUGGACUACCAAUAGUGGCUAUAACCUCUUCCUAUUGACUUCCAGAUACCCUCCUGUUUGCUGUGAAGGAUUAUGUUGCCAGAGCUGGAUUACCACCCAAGAAUCUUCUGGAUAAUUUUGAUGCCAGAUCUAGCAUUGUAGGGAAGCUGAAUAAUGUCAGUAAGAUUGCCUUUAACCCAGAAGGGGUGCUGUUUGCUGUGUGUGGUAAAGAACUCUUCAUGGGAGCUAUGCCUUCAGAUCCAAACCUGGACUUUUUCUCUACUGCCAAGAGAGUGGGCAAAACUGACUGGGAAGGGUUUAAAUUCAUCAUCUUUGAUCCAAAUGGCCUUCUGUAUGCAUCUACCAAGAAUGGGGAGUUCUACAAGGGUCCAGCACCAAGCAAUGAAAACGUGUCCUGGCUUUAUGGCCAAGCCACCAAAAUAGGAACCGGCGGCUGGCAUGAAUUUGAUGCCCUUUUCUUUGACCCUAAAGGCAUCCUGUAUGCAGUGACCAGUGACGACAAGCUUGUGAUGAGAAGCCCUCCAACCAAACCAGACGAUAACUGGCUAGCCUCCAGCACAACCAUUGGAAAAGGAGGCUGGCGCAUUCUGACCCAUUUCAUGGCUUUCACCCUAGAGUCGGACCUGUGGUGCGUGGAUUCAAAGAAUGGCAACAUCUAUAAAGGACCAGCACCGACCAAGGCUGAUACCAACUAUAUUGAAAAGGCAGAGAAACUGGGCUGGGGUUACAAUGUCUACCCCCUCCUUUCCUUCACCAUUGAUAAAACCAUCCAGAGUAUUGUAAGCUUUGAAUUCCUGCCAGAUUCAGGGAAAAUCCUAUCCCAAGGCACAGAGGUGGUGCAGACCCAGAUCUAUAACAACAAGAGCAGCACUCCAUUAAAGCACACCUUCUCGUAAGUAAUGGAAACCUCAAUCUCAUCCACUCAGGGAUCCCAAUUUCAACUUGCCAAUGGCGAGUGACCACUUCAGCUGUGGCAAGCAGAAAUUCACCCUCAGUGUUCCAUGGAUCCUUCAGGCUUGCAGUAGUCACUCACUUCUAGGCCUGACUAAUGGAAUAGGACUUUAGCUCUGCAGGUACUUCUACCAAUUGGCAAGAUUACAUAGUACUUUGAAUACUAAAAGGUUGGUGGUCUCUCUACAUUAAAAUCCUUCAUAAGUUACAUGAUUCUAUACUGGCUGAAUAGAGCAUGGUGUCUGUUUUACCAAGGUUGAGGAAUGCCUUGUUUACAAUCCUAGGGCUACUUAUUGGCAGACAGUGCUCUUUUUUUUAUUUAUAAUGCCUGUUGGUGCUUGUGACUUCUAUGCAAAACAAAGGUUUAGGUGGUCCAAGAAAGGAAAGAUUAAUCAAACUAGAUGACAAGCGGCAACAGUUUGACCUUUAAGGUCUUUCUCUGAAUUGGAAGUUUGCAGGAUAGAUUUGGGAAUAUAAUUGCCAUUAGAUGUGCUCUGAGGUUGUUCUGUUGAACAAUUGUGUGUUCUGGAUAUACUGCUCUUACAUUGGUCAUAGUCUUCAACACUGCUGCCAGUCCUCCUUAAUGAGUGAGCUUCACUUAUGUGAUGCUUUUUAAUUGCACUCAUUUUGUGAUUGUGCUUCUAAAAUGAUGGGGUGUAUCCCUUAUUUGCUAGUUUGAGGAAGACCUUUUAAAGGUUGAAACAUUGCUGCUGAUCUGGUUUAAUUAAACUUUCCCUUUAUUUUUGGACCAUGGAGUGCCUAAACCUAUGUCUUUGCAUACGGUAUCUGGGAUCUAGUGCUGGCCCCUGGUUUAGUUGCACCCUGGCCCAGAGUUAUGGGAUUGAGUGCAGUUCUGAUUCUACUCAGAAAAUGUCCCUUUUCCAGUCUUAAAAUAGUUGCCAGCUUCUGCUACAGAAAGCCAGUCACUAAUGGCUACUAGACUCUAGUUGGCGACUGGUUUGUUAUCCUAUUACUCGUUGCUGGCUGCUUCUAGUCAGGCAGAAGGGGCAUUAACCCUUCCUAUUGAACAAGUCUUGUUCCAGUCCCUGACAAAGGGUGAAGUUGCAUUCUCAGGUGUUUCUGUGCUUUACCAGCAAACCACAACUGUCAGUCUGGGAACUUGUAGUUGCUAGAAGCUACUGGUUGCUAAUGCUUGUCUUAGGUGAGCAUGUCUUUUGCACAGGUUUUCCUCACACUUCACUUCUGGAUGGAACUGUCUGGAAAGAAUUGACUUGUAAUGGCAAAUAUUAGAAUACCUCCAGGAAAACUGUCCAGGUGUCUGGUCUCAGACUACAUCUUUGUUCUGUUUGACCUGACUAUUCUUGGUGUCCUACCAUGCACAACGUUCAUUGGAUUAUUUUUUUUAUUUUUUUUUUGUUGGUCACAUCCCAGUUCUUGACAAAGACCUCUUGUUGGGUUGGAACGUUUGUCCUUUGUUUCCAAGAGUUGGGAUCCUAUGCAACCUUGCAGGCUGAGUUUCUGCAAGAAUAAGAUCACAAUAUCCUCCUUCCAACACAUUGUGCUCCCUCCCAUUACCCAGGGUAUGUAUGUCAUAGUAUCCAGUAGGGCAUUCCCUUUCUCCCCCCCACCAAUAAAGAGUUGGAGGCAAACAUGACAUAAUUUUCCAAUUCUCCUAGGAAAGGGUGGUCAAAAAUCCAGUGACUAGCUUAAUAUCCUUUCUGGAUUGUCUCAGGCUAUUCUCCUUCUCUCUCAAUAUAUUAAUGUGAAGGGUUUGUCUUUCUAGCUUCUCCAAGACCAUAACUGAGAGCAGCACUUUCAGCCAGGAACAUGGAUUCACAGUGGCUGUUGGUGCAGAGAUGUCCUUCAAAGCUGGAGUCCCAUUCAUAGGAGAAAUGGAGACCAAGAUUUCCAUCAAUGUGAGCACAACUCAUACCUGGAAUUUCGCCAAGACCAAUGAAAUCCAGGUAAGGGUGGAUUAAAUAAUGGUGGUGGCAAGGUAUCAAUAUGUAUGUUCAGAUUUGGUAUAGUUUGUUUUAGAAGAUGCUUUUGCGUUAUUGGAGGGGAAGCAACAAGCAUGGUAUGUGUCCUGGCUCUAUGUGUAACUAAGUAGCUAAUACCUAAUACAAGUCUCUGGUUCCUUGACGCUCAUCUCGGACAAAAGGGACUAUUUGUAAAUUGAGAAAGGGCUGCGUCCCAAAACAGUCCUAUUUUAUUUUUACUCCCACAUUAAAUGCUAUGGUAGCACACUAGCACCAUAUAUUAAGCUUUGCACAUCUACAGAUACACAGCCACAGAUAUCCUUUGUUAUAUUGGAGCAGCUGUAACAAGCACCCAUAACAAGAACAGAGCUUAAGCCUUCCUGGCCAGUAUGUACACUAUUGCCCAACCUCUACUUACAAGAGGUCAAACAAUAGAAAUAGCCUAAAGCUGCAUCAUGCUUUUUGACCCUUCUCUCAACCAGUUAAUUUGUGCAAUAAAUGGAUAUUCUGUACAGGUAACAUGUUCUUGACUAUUCAUGAUGAAAUAUUGCUCCUGCUAGUAUCUAACCAUCUGACUUCUUCUGCAGACAACCUUCUCCUCCAGCACAGAUGUGGAGGUACCAGGAGGGCAUUCAAUACGUAUGGUCGCAUCUGUGACCAAGGGAGAAAUGGAUGUACCGUUCCGUGCCAAGAUCCGCACCUUGUUUGGCUAUGAGACCAUGAUACAGGGAAUGUGGAAAGGGGUCAGUCACUAUAACUUGAUGGUCACCCAGGAAGACUACAAACCAUGA